AUGGCAAAUAAGAUUCAGAUGCUUCCUGUACAUCAAUGCCAGAAGUUCCAAGCUACGUUGAUUGAUUAUGACUUAGAGGUUGGCAAAAUAUUUGCCUCUAUCAAGCAAUGUUUGAAUACUAUUGGUACAAAGCAGUCCAAUCUAGCUGCUACAUUUGGAGAAUUGAUUGAUGAGGUUCUUCGGGCCGAUGAAUCUGUUACACCAUAUACUCAAGGUCAGACAGUGGUAGGUGGCACAGUUGACAAUGAUUCUGGACCAGUAUUUGACAAGACUCCUAUUGGGAGUGUUUCUGCACCAGGUCUCUUCUUAUCUGAAUUAGAAUGUGCUCGCGCUCUUCGGGCAUACUUGUGUUCUAGGUUCAUUGAAUUGGACAGAAAUAUAAUUGACUUUGGUGAACAUCGCGCCAAUUGUUGUGACAUACAACAAUCUUUUGCUGAUGGCGCAUGUCUCGACAACGUGUUUAUGCAAUGUUUCAUUGAGUGUGUCCGCGAUGACUGGUCUAAACAUAUUCCUCCACUCAAUGCUCACCAGCUCAUUCUAGAUGUUAAUGUUGGGGCUAUAUUGAACUUUGAGGAGCAGGAGCAACAUAGUAAGUCUCCUCGUCCAUUUGACCCUUCAGUUUUGGAGAGUUACCUAUUGAAGACACUGCCUUCUUUCAAGCAGCUGGAUGACUACAAAUCAAUAAUGGUACCCAUGCUACGUUCUGGACAUUGGACAUUGUAUGUUGUUAAUCUUCAGAUUGGACGCAUACAUGUGUUAGAUUCCAACCCUUAUGGACCAGAGAUGGGUGGGACUAUCUGGAAAAAUUACCAUUGUAUAUCUAUGGAUUUGGGUGAUAGGAAGGUUUCAUGGGCCAGGUUAAUGAUGAGUAGGCUCAAUCUAGCUAUUCAAAAUGCUCGACCAAGAUCAGCUUUCCCUGCUUUUUUGAAGUACCUUAUUGAACUCAUGAAUAACUGCCCAACAAUGAAAUUGGGGUCUAAUGAUUGUGGAUUCUUUGUCAUGAGAUAUAUGCAGAACUACGACUACAUGGUUGGAGCUAUGAAUGCAGUCAUUGAUCCGGAUAAUUCAGAGGACAUUCGCUCUCUUGUACUGCAUUACCUAAUAUUCCAUUGACUAAAUAGAAACAGCU